AUGCUGCCACGCGAGUUGGCUCGUAACGCCGCCACGUGUCGCAAAUUCACAUUCGACCACGUGUUCCCACAGACCACCACACAGGCAGAACUGUACGAUGAGGCGCUGCAGCCGUGGAUGGCGUCGUUCUUGCAGGGGUUUAACGUGACAGUCAUCGCGUAUGGGCAGACAGGGUCCGGCAAGACCCACACUAUGGGCAACCACAUGCCGUCCACGUCCUUACUAUCAGGCAAUCUAUUCACGCGGUCUCCAUCGACUGAUGACAGCGACGACGAAGCAGCAGACACGUUGGAGAGCGACGAAGGGCUCAUCCCGAGGUUUCUACAUCAACUAUUCACGAAACUCAACGAUUCCGGCAGCAAAUUUCAGCUGUCGGUGUCGUUUCUCGAGAUUUACGGCGAAGAUAUCCACGACCUACUGGAUUCCGGCUCGAGUCGACGCUCGGAGCCGCUGCAGCUGAGAGAGAACAAGAAGAACGGCGUGUGGGUGCAAGGACUCGCCGAAGUGCGCGUUGCCACUAGACAGGAAGCUCUAGAGCAGAUGCGACGAGGAUCGUUGCAACGGAUCACUGCCAGUACGCAGAUGAACGAGCGAUCCAGCCGCUCGCACGCUGUGUACACGGUCAAGAUCGUGCAGCGAGUCUCUGAACAGGGGUCCAAGAAGGACGCAGUGAUUGUGUCCAAACUCACGUUUGUGGAUCUCGCGGGCAGCGAGAGGCUCAAGAAGACCCACGCGGAAGGAGAACGGAUGAAGGAAGGCAUCCAGAUCAACGUGGGUCUGUUCGCUUUGGGCAACGUCAUCAACGCGCUGGGAGAAGAGAAGCGUCGGUCAGCGUCACAUGCCCAUGUUCCCUACAGGUCUUCAAAGUUGACGCGGUUGCUUCAAGACGCACUCGGUGGGAACAGCAGGACUCUCUUCAUUGCGUGUGUGUCUCCUGCUGACUCGAACACGAACGAGACGUUAAACACGCUUCAGUACGCCAACAGAGCCAAGAACAUCCAGAACAAGGCAGUCAAGAACAUCGACAGUCGCUCGGCCGAGUUGGUGAGCUUGAAGUCCUUCAACCAGCUGCUCUGUCGCGAGCUCGUCAAGGCGAUAUUGGGAGACGAAGAGGAUCUAGUGGAGACGUGCUUGAUGAACCCCAAGGUGCUCGCGUAUCUGAACAGCAUCGAGCAGCUCUCAUCUUCCACAGGACUGGAGACCUCCAGUGACGAGCGUGUGUUCGAGACGCGCCGUCUAGUGGACGGCCUCACGACUUAUCUGCAGGAUUUGGUGCCGAGCGGUCUGGACUUUACCAGUGACAGUGGCUCCUCCGUGGCCAUCAUGGAAGAGCGCAGACUGGAGUGCGAUGUCUUUGAGAGGCCGUAUCCGCUGAGUAAACUGUGUCGCACGUUGGAAAUCAUGAACGCGGCCUUCGAAAUGCAGGAAAUGCAGCAUGUUGAAAGGCGUCAGAGAGAGCUCUUCAAGGCCAAACUCGCCAACUUGGAGACGCGGUUUCACCGCCAAGAGCUGCUACGCACUGGACUGUCGGGUAUGAUGGAGAGGAUGCGAACGUGGCUGUCUUCAAGUGCAUCGAGUGGAAGAACAACGGUCGAGCGCAACUUGGAAGACGCUGUGGAGAAACUGGAGCUGCUGGAUCUCGAGAUGGCGGACAUGCAGCGUCGGAAAGAAGCGCUGACGUCUGAACGGGAGACGGAUAUCACGCGCUGUCGGAACGAGUGGACAGCGAAGCAGGCUCAGAUUGAGCGGAUGAGAGACGCACCAGAAGAAGCAGCUACGAAUGGACUCAACAUGUUGACUCGCAGAACUGAAAUUAAGGUUCGCUUUGAUGGCUACGAUCUCGACGACAUUUCCGAGUUCCUGAAGGAUGAAGAGAAAGAAGUGGCGGCUUGUAUGGAAUGCGACGACGCUGGGAUCUCGCUGAUGUCGCCUCUAUUCACACAAGAAGAGUUGGGUUCGUCGCAGUCUCGCGAGAUUGUGUCGAUGAUUCAGGGUCAGCUCCAGAUUGCAUUCGACAAAGAAGCUCUUGAAGCUUCCAUGAACAAGGAGCUUCGGAAACGAGCGCAGUUGUUCCAGAACAUCACGACUGGACUGAUGGCGUGUGAGCGGGGAGCGAUGACGGAACAAGAGUUUAUGGAGAAGAACGAGCAGGAUCUGAGGGACUGCGAGGACAGUAUUGCCCAGCUUCGGGAUGCGAUGCGUGCUCAGCGUGAUCAACGCGCGUCUAUGAGCGAGAUUCUGGACUCGAUCAAGUCUUUGGAUGUGGCGAAGAACGUGAUCAAACGGCUCGUUGUGGAGAUUUACUCGCAGUGGCGAAUGUACAUGGCAUGCGACCAAGAAGAAGACUUGAGGAAGCAACGAGAAGCCGAGGAGGCGUUGAAUCAAAGCCUAGCACAGUUGAAAGCUGGUAUGGACGAGAAGGUGGAGACGCUCGAGGAGAAGUACACGACGGACGUGCAGUGCGCGUUCCAGAUGGUGACGAGUUUUAACGACGCCGUUGCAGCAGAAAAACGCGUACAGGUCGAAGCAGACACCAGCGAUGUAGUUGCAUUGGAAGAGAGAGAGCGGAUGCUCAUGCGUCAGCUGGCCGAAAAGGACGAGCAAGUGGAGGCAAUGCGUGUAGAACUAGAGCGCUUCCAGGCGUCUGCCAAGAGCACGGAGAUGAAGGAGGAGUCCUUCCGCUUGAUGACCAAUUGGGACUGA